AUGAACGCCUUGGUCUCGCGGUACAGCCAACCCGCAUACCAACACGAAGGCCACUCAGACAACGACACCCAGAAACAACUCGCCCUCGAUGUCGCCCCCUCCCUCUCCCUCAACUUCGCCCUCCCUCCUAUCGCAAGCACGGCUUCCUGGCUACGCGCCAUGACCGACGACCACGCCAACCCGAACGUCCCUAUUAAGCUCGCCCACGGUACCACCACCCUCGCCUUCCGCUUCAAAGGCGGCAUCAUUGUUGCCACCGACUCGCGAGCGACAGCCGGGAACUGGAUUGCGAGUCAGACGGUGAAGAAGGUGAUAGAGAUCAAUAGUUGUUUGUUGGGGACUAUGGCUGGUGGUGCUGCUGACUGCCAAUACUGGCUAGCCUACCUAGGCAUGCAAUGCCGCCUGCACGAACUCCGCCACAAACGCCGCAUCUCCGUCGCCGCCGCCUCCAAAAUCCUCGCCAACCUCGUCUACUCCUACAAAGGCAUGGGUCUGUCCAUGGGCACCAUGUGCGCCGGCGUCACACCCAUGGAAGGUCCCGCGCUCUACUACGUCGACAAUGACGGAACUCGAUUAGCCGGGAAUCUGUUCUGUGUGGGUUCCGGUCAGACUUUCGCGUAUGGAGUGCUGGACGCGGAGUACAAGUAUGAUAUGGAAGAGGAUGAGGCGUUGGAGUUGGGACGGAGGAGUAUUCUUGCUGCGACGCAUCGGGAUGCUUACUCGGGUGGUUUCGUGAAUCUGUAUCAUAUCAAGGAGGAGGGGUGGGUGAGGCAUGGGUUUAAUGAUACGAAUCCGCUGUUCUGGAAGUACAAGCUGGAGAAGGGCGAGUUCAGUAAUGUCACUUCGCAGCUGGUGUAA